AUGUCUCACAAUAAAAUAGUAUUUGUUACGGGGAAUGCUAACAAAUUAAAAGAAGUUCAACUUCUGUUGAAAGGGAUCAAGUACGAGUUAGUUAAUGAGCCGUUGGAUUUGGACGAACUACAAGAAUCCAAGUUGGAAUCGAUAGCGAUUUCAAAAGUCAAGCAAGCAACAAGCCAGUUGGGUGCAGGUGUACCGGUGUUUGUUGAAGAUACUGCCCUGUGUUUUAAUGCAAUGAAUGGUCUUCCAGGUGCCUAUAUUAAAUGGUUUGUUAAAGAAAUGGGCAUUGAUAAUAUUUAUAAAAUGUUGACUGGCUUUGAAGAUAAAACAGCAAAAGCUAUUACUACGAUUGCUUACUCUGAUGCUAUGGGUAAAAUCCAUGUUUUCCAAGGGAUAACUGAGGGUACUAUUGUUGAACCCCAAGGUCCUAGAACUUUUGGAUGGGAUUCACUUUUUAAACCUAAUGAUGGUGUUGGCUUGACAUAUGCUCAAAUGGAUAAAGAGGAAAAAAAUAAAAUUUCUCAAAGGGCAAGAGCUUUUUUUAAAUUAAAAGAAUAUUUAGAACAACAAUAA